AUGUUACGUGCCGAAGGUUAUAACCUUGAUGAUCCUACUACUCCCACGACCACGGCCACGUUACAGAAAACUAAGGCAGACGAUGUUGAAGUGGAAAUGGAUAACAAGGGAAAAAUUGUUGCAAUUAAUGAAAUGGAGCUUGAGGAAGCAGCAGAGAAGAAUACCAGAACAAAAUAUAAUUUUAUUUAUGAUAAAUAA